CAAUUGGACACAAGACAUGGUGGUGGGAGCGGAUGGUGGUGGGCGUUUGGCUGCUUACAACUCUGGUACUAAGGCGGAGCUACGAAGGUAACCUGAUGUCCCUUCUGGCAGUAAGACACAUACCUCAGCCCUACCAGAGCCUGAGAGCUGUCCUCGAUGACCCAUCCGUCACCAUGAUCUGGAAGAAAGGGGGUUCAUUCAUAGAGCUUAUUGAGACUUCAAAAUCUGGAAUCUUUCGGGAAGUGAUGGACACGGAAAAGAAUGGCCGACUUCGAUUUCUGCUUGUGAAAGAGUACCUGUCUGUGCUUGAUAAAGAUGUAAUCGAAGGGAACCAAGUAAUCAUCGACUUCGCGUUUAAUCUUGUGCCAAUCAGUGGAAAUUACUUCUCUGAUACAGGCAAAUGCAACUUCUACAUUGGACGAGAAAGACUCGUGGCACAAAGUCUUGGUAUGAUUGGAAAGAAAGGAGAUCCCAUUGUUCCAGCAAUGACCAAAAGGAUCAUGGCCAUGAUUGAAGCUGGUCUUUACCACCACUGGUACAUCCAGGGCAUUCCGAACGCUACGUCAUGUGAUUCAUUUUCAAGCAAAGUUACUGUCAUCACAUUGUUUUCACUUAAGAAUACAUGGGCCAUGUUUGCAAUACUUGCUGGGGGACUUGCAGUCAGCUUCGCUAUUCUUAUUUUAGAACACUUCGUUUGGUGGAUAGUGAAAUAAACAUCUUUAAAUGGACAAACUCUAUGAGACUGCCACAUAAGUCACUAUAUGUAUUAUCGGAAGAGGGUCUACGCUAAAUAUACCGCUUAUUAUGUCCAUUAAUGUAGUAUCGAUAGCUAAAAUUUGAUAUACUAUAUGGUGUAA